GAGUUCGCCAAUCACGCCUGCUCGUCACCGUCGCCGACGUCAAGCACCGUCUGAAAGUUCCCAAUUCAAAAUUACAAUCAUGUCCGCCACAAUUGAGGAAGUUCAAUCCGACCACUCCGAGCAUGAGCAUGAGCAUGAUCAUGAUCAUGAUCAUGAACACGACCAUGAGGAGGAUCCCACCUCUGCCGCUGCGCUCGAAAAGAUUCAGUCGCGUUCAGAGCGCAAGGCCAGGAAGGCUCUCCUGAGCUUGGGUCUCAAGAAAGUCCCUGGCAUCACACGUGUAACUCUCCGGAGACCUAAGAACUUCCUCUUCGUCAUCGCAUCUCCCGAUGUGUACAAAUCCCAAAACAGCGAUUGCUAUAUCGUGUUUGGUGAGGCCAAGAUGGAAGACAUGAAUGCCCAGGCACAGCUCAACGCAGCUCAGCAGCUCGCCCAAAGCGGAGGUUCUCUGCCCAACCUCGAAAACUCUGGCGCUGGUGGUGAUGGAGAUGACGAUGACGAUAUCCCUGACUUGGAAGCACCAGAAGACGAGGGCCCCGUUGACGAGACUGGUAUCGAUCCCAAAGACAUCGAGCUCGUGAUGGCGCAGGUGAACUGCUCCCGAGCAAAAGCCGUCCGGGUGUUGAAGGAGAGUGGAGGUGAUCUCAUCAAUGCCAUCAUGGCGGCCAGCGAGUGAUCAUUCGUUUUCGUGUUGUGUUCCGCAGCAUCCCUUUGUAUUAUCUCGCACAUCAAUCCAUCUGUUCCGGACUACCGGAAUGCCAGGUUUAUACCUCCG